UUAGUUGGUUUGCCAACCGCCAUUAAAACAACAGAAGAAGAAGACGACGAAGCAGAAGAAGGAUCUCGCGUCGCGCCUCGGCUUUCUUCUGAGGUGUGUAUCCCUCGGUGUGUGUGUGCUUCUCAGUCUCUGACUGAUGAAUGAAUGAACGCUGGAGUGUUUUCAUCUCCUGAAGAUCACACAGAGAUCAUGAAUGAAGCAGAAGCAGAGUCCUGCAGGAUCAAGCAGGAGGUCAUCGAAGAAAAGAUAGACCUGAUGGAAGGGAUCAAGGAGAUAGAAGAAGUGAUUGAAGCAAAGAAGAAACAUCAUGACAUCGAAACUGAUGAAACAUCCUUGAGUCCCUCGUGGGAAACAAGACCCAAAAUAUGCUUAAUUUGCCCUCAGUGUGGAGAGAUUUUCACAUCCGAAGAAAGUCUUAAUCUUCACAUAAAAUGUAAAAGUGGAAUGAAGCCGUACGCAUGUGAUCUCUGCGAGAAGACUUUCAGUCAAAAAGCAAACCUUGCCACACACAAGAAAAUCCACACUGACGAGAAGCCACACGCAUGUGAUCUCUGCGAGAAGACUUUCAGUCAAAAAGCAUACCUUGCCAGACACAAGAAAAUCCACACUGACGAGAAGCCACACGCAUGUGAUCUCUGCGAGAAGACUUUCAGUCAAAAAGCAAACCUUGCCAGACACAAGAAAAUCCACACUGGAGAGAAGCCACACGCAUGUGAUCACUGUGGGAAGACUUUCAGUAAAAAAGCAAACCUUGCCAGUCACAAGAAAAUCCACACUGGAGAGAAGCCACACACAUGUCAUCACUGUGGGAAGAAGUUCAGAAUUAAAGAAAACCUGAAUAUUCACAUGAAAAUCCACACUGGAGAGAUGCCGUACAUGUGUGAUCAGUGCGGGGGGAAAUUCAGACAAAAAGGAAACCUCAAUAUACACAUGAGAAUCCACGCUGGAGAGAGUAAAACCACUGAAGAUAAACCGCACACAUGCAGUCAGUGUGGCAAGAGAUUCAGAGAAAAACACAGACUCAAUCAACACAUGAAAAUCCACACUGACGAGAAGCCACACACAUGUCAUCACUGUGGGAAGAAGUUCAGAAAUACAGGAAACCUGAAUAUUCACAUGAAAAUCCACACUGGAGAGAAGUCAUUCAUGUGUGAUCAGUGCGGGAGGAAGUUCAUACAUAGAGGAAACCUCAAUGCACACAUGAGAAUCCACGCUGGAGAGAGUUUAGAUAAACCGCACACAUGCAGUCAGUGUGGAAAGAGAUUCAGACAAAAACACCUCCUCGAUCAACACAGGAGAAACCACACUGAAGAGAACCCACACACAUGUGAUCUCUGUGGGAAGAAGUUCAGAAAUACAGGAAACCUGAAUGAUCACAUGAAAAUCCACACUGGAGAGAAGCCACACACAUGUCAUCACUGUGGGAAGAAGUUCAGAAAUACAGGAAACCUGAAUAUUCACAUGAAAAUCCACACCGGAGAGAUGCCGUACACGUGUGAUCAGUGCGGGAGGAAGUUCAGACAUAAAGGAAACCUCAAUAUACACAUGAGAAUCCACGCUGGAGAGGGUGAAGAUAAACCGCACACAUGCAGUCAGUGUGGAAAGAGAUUCGGACAAAAACACCGCCUUCAUCAACACAUGAGAAUCCACACUGGAGAGAAACCGCACUCGUGUGAUCACUGCGGGAAGAAGUUCACACGAAAACAGCUACUUAAUGAUCAUAUAAAGAUCCACACAGGAGAAAACCUGCACACCUGUGAACAGUGCGGGAAGAGUUUCAGAAUCUUAAGUGUUUUCAAAUUACAUCUGCUCCAUCAUUCUAGAGACAGGAUCUAUAACUGUGACCAGUGCAGUAAAAGGUUUUUUAGGCCAGAUAACCUGAGGCACCACAUGAAAACACAUUCAGAGGAGAGGCCUUACGUGUGUUAUUUGUGUGCAAAGAGCUUUAAAUAUAUGGAUUGUUUAAAAAAACACCUGAAAAGACACAGCGGUGUGAAGGAUCAUACUUGCUCUGAGUGCGGAAAGACUUUCUUUACACUUUCUGCACUGAAACAGCACCAGACCGUUCACACCGGAGAAAAACCUUACCAGUGUUCACACUGUGACAAGAGAUUCAGUAUUUUAGGAAACCUGAAAAGACAUGAGAGUGUUCACACUAGCUAGAAGCCCUAUCACUGCUAGUCCUGUGAAGAGUUUCAUCUGAUUAUCUUCUCUACUCAGUCAUACGAAUAAAACAUAUUCAGAUCU